UGUCACCCAACCGCAAACAUAUUAUGUGCAAGUCUGCGGUACCGCGCUUUAUAAGACCACUAAUAAUAUAAUAAUAAUGUGUAGGUAUAACGGUAGUUAGGCACAACGGCACAGAGACUGGACGAAGUAAGCCAGGCAGAUCUAACAGCGGCGAUUUAAAGCGGUGACUUUGGGAGGUGUAAGUCGAAAACGCAUAUCUUUGACGGUGAGACGUCUUUAGCACAUGUUCGGUGAAGUGAGUCCUGCCUUCAAUCUACCUAGUGGCUUAGAUCUGUCAACUGUGAAUAGUGUUUUAGCUCUGUCACUUGUGACUAGUGCCUUAGAUCUGUCAACUUUGACUGGUGUCUUAGAUUUGUCAACUGUAACUAGUGCCUUAGAUCGGUCAUCUGCGACCAGUGUCUUAGCUCUAUCAAAUGUGAAUAGUGGCUUAGAUCUGUCAAUUAUUAAUAGUGUGCUAUUUCUGUCAUUUUUGACUAGUGUCUGAAAUCUUUGGUCUAUCAACUGUGAUAAUUUUUCUGUGGUUGAGUACAUAUGCAGUGCUAAUAUUGCUACUAUAGUAGCACUGAAACAUGUCUUUAAGUCACCUAUAAGUGUGUAAGUCACCUACACGUGUUUAAGUCUUACAUAAGUGUGUAAGUCACCUAUGAGUGUGUAAGUCUUAUAUAAGUGUCUAAUUCACCCAUGAGUGUGUUAGCCACCUGUAAGUGUAAGUCACUUAUGAGUGUUUAAGUCUUAUAUAAGUGUGUAAGUCACCUAUGAGUGUGGUAGCCACCUGCCUGUAAGUGUGUAAGUAACCUUACGAGUGUUUAAGUCGUAUAUAAGUGUGUAAGUCACCAAUGAGUGUGUUAGCCACCUGUAAAUAUGUAAGUCAGCUAUAAGUUUGUAAGCCACCUACUAGUGUGUAAGCCACCUACUUGUGUGUAAGCCACCUAAUAGUGUGUAAGCCACCUACUAGUGUGUAAGCCACCUGCUAGUGUGUAUGCCACCUACUAGUGUGUAAACCACCUACUUGUGUGUAAGCCACCCAUGGUCAUUUGAUGACGUGGCAAGACUGAGCUGCUAGCGGUGGUGUUGACGACCUGUGUAUUGUUAGGUUUUUGUGAACGCAUACGUCGAUUACAAACUCAUAGUUUCAAUCUUAACUACUGAAAGAGGAAACAUGAUUUUGGUGAAAUCUGUCGGUUGUUUCAACAAUGAUAUUUACACGAUAUACGUUGUUUAUCCGUGGCCAUUCGUUCGUGAUACUUUGGUUAAUUUAUAAUGACUUUUAUUUUCCUCUUGAUGUUUUCUCGGAUACUACUUUACAGCCAAGUGUUAUGUUCAUGUUAUUUUGCUCCUACAUUUUGUUUAUUCGCUGAAGACGUAGCCGAUACGUUCGUUGUUUUGUUGCGUCCUUUGUUUCAGGUUUGUUUCCCCCAUGGUUUGUUUCCCCCAUGGUUUGUUUCCCCCAUGGUUUGUUUCCCCCAUGGUUUGUUUCCCCCAUGGUUUGUUUACCCCAUGGUUUGUUUCCCCCAAUAGUUUGUUUCCCCCAUGGUUUGUUUCCCCCAUGGUUUGUUUCCCCCAUGGUUUGUUUCCCCCAUGGUUUGUUUCCCCCAUGGUUUGUUCCGCUCAUUUCCUUUAAACUUACCUGAUGGCACAAUCUCUCUCCCUUAUUACCAACUUAGAUUUACGAGAUCCUGCUUUAUUUCAAAUAUUCCAUAUGCUUGUUCUCCUAUUACAUACGAAUGUGUCAUGACUAUUAUUUACAUCUAGAUCAGGUCGGUUAGUUCAAUGGCAGUCUACACGGUGUUAGACGGCGUGCGUCAUAUGGAUUACGUAACGCCAUCUGGUGAUGUUUAGCGAAUUCUCCCGCAUCAUUAUGUUAAUCUUCUGACGCUAUCAUUUCCACAGAGUCUUUUCCCAAAACUUGAAUUCCCCCAUCUAACUAAUGUGACCAGAGAGUAGCGGAGAUCUGACGAUCUGACGAGGAAAAGACUUCAAAAAUGGAUUUACUCAAUUCUUUCAUCAGUUUCCAGUCUCCCGACAUCGACGAGCGCACCUACCUCUUUACUAGUCGUGGACUCAGCCUCUGUUUCAUCGCUCUUAUCAUCGUGAUGACUGUAUCUCUGAUAUUUAAAAAUGUCCGCAGAUGUGACUUCUAUCUCAAGCCCAAGAAUCAAACGAUCAUCUCACUAGCGAUCGGAGACCUAUUUUGCGCUCUGUAUUCUCUGACCGCGCUGGCCAGAUCUUAUUUCGAGUCCGAUUCGCUUAGAGAGUUCUACUGCAGCGUUGAGGUGACUCCAGUGUUGUACCGGAGCUGCCUGCUCAACUUCUUGCACGCGUUCGGUCUGAUGGCUCUCGGGAUUGAACUCCUGCUCCGUCACAGGAUCAGUCACCAGGCCAACAGCAGGGUCAAGAAAAUUCUCAUACCCCUGCUCUUUAGCGCCGGCCCGUGGCUGCUGGCGCUAGUCCUCAUGCUGCCCAUAUGUUCUGUGAGUUUCAGUACCAGUGAGCUAUCAUGUCGAUGUACACAGAACACUGGCGGGGUUGUAGCGUCCAUUAUAAUCCCUGCCUUCGCCGCGGUUAUAGUGUCUAUUUUUGUCAACUGCCGCGUGUUGCCCACAGCCCAGUAUCAGCAACCCGUACCAACCCAGGUGAUAGCCAUGACAACUGUGUCCACAACGUCUACGCUCCAGCAUAUACAUGACCCGGGGGCCAUCCCAGGUCCUCCGCAAGCGAACGGAUAUCCGGCCUAUCUGACGCCACAACCAUUGCUUCCUGGACAAAACGCACCUCAAGAUCAACAGAUACCAAAAUUGUACAACCCUAACGUUGACCAACAACCCUACAUCCCUAACAACCAACAACCUGAUGUCGAUCAACAGCCCUACAACCCUCACACCCACCAACCUCAUGUUGAUCAACCCGCCUUCAUCCCAUCCGUAGCUCAACAACCCAACAAUGGCUCUCAAUUUCAACCCGGAGCGGCGACCGUUCGACCCGGAGCAGUGACCACCACAGCAAACAUCAACACAGAAAAGGCCAGGCUAAUGUCCAUCUCCAUCUGCUUUCUCGUCUUUGUCCUGCCCUACGCCAUCUUCCAGAUCGGCUACGAAAAUAACUCGAGCCUGGUCAUCAUCUUAGACGUGACUGCUUACACGGCCAUCAGUGACUUGGUCAUGUGGUUGAUGGUCUUCAGAUCAUAUCUGACCCCGGCAAUGAUGUGGGGAUACUCUGACGCAUAAAUCGCAUAGUAACAGUCGCACUAAAUACAUCAUAAUUUUUAUAAGUGACUCAAUAAAAAAUAUAACAAAAUAAUAUUUUAAAUAACGAAAUAAAAAAGGAACAAAAUUAUUUUGUGAAGUGCUCAAUAUAAAUAAUAGUAAAUUUCA